AUGGCCGUCUCCGUAGCAAGCUGCUGCUUCUCCCUCCCCAAUGCCUCCGUUAGACUUCAGUAUCCCGUCUCUUCUACGCUGUGUUUCGUGGCCGCAUCGCCCAAGUCGCUCACCUCCUCGACUCCCCGAGCUUCGAAUCAGAAGAGGCAAUCUUCGAGGUCUGAUUCAUCACCCAAAUUAAACCCAGAGAAGCAGAAGAAAUACCAAGGCAGGGUGAGAGAUGAAACUUGCAAUUUACACGGCAAAGGGGACGGUGGUGCUCCUCAAACAAUGGCGUUCAAGGCGUUUGGGUCGCAAAAGAAAGACAAAAAAGAGUCACAAUCCGAUUUCAGAGAGCAGCAGACUGAUCCUGCCAAGAUUCACGAUGCAUCCUUUCUCAACGCCGUUGUAAAGUUACUUGCUUCUUUGAAUCCGUGGUUGUUCCUCAGGUUUACUGCACUCAUACAGCGCCUGACUACUCCCUCCCAUGGCAGAAACAAAGACAAUUCACCAGCACUGGAAGGCAAUUCCUUUGCUUUCAUGAUAGGAGAUGGCAAGCUCUUGACAAAUGCCCAUUGUGUGGAGCAUGAUACACAGGUCAAAGUUAAGAGACGAGGAGAUGAUAGAAAGUAUGUGGCUAAGGUUUUAGUAAGAGGUGUGGACUGUGACAUAGCUUUGCUUUCAGUAGAAAGCGAGGAUUUCUGGAAAGGAGCUGAACCCUUACGCCUUGGCCAUUUACCCCGCCUUCAGGAUUCAGUAACUGUCGUGGGCUAUCCUCUUGGAGGAGAUACUAUCUCUGUAACAAAAGGGGUCGUAUCACGAAUAGAGGUAACAUCAUAUGCUCAUGGAUCAUCUGACUUGCUUGGAAUUCAAAUCGAUGCCGCAAUAAAUCCAGUUGUUUCACACUUUUUGACGGAUUAUGAGAGGAACGGAAAGUACACUGGUUACCCUUGCCUUGGAGUAUUGCUGCAGAAAUUGGAAAAUCCAGCUCUGCGGGAGUGCCUUAAAGUUCCUACAAAUGAGGGGGUGCUGGUACGAAGAGUUGAACCUACAUCCGAUGCAAGCAAAGUUCUGAAGGAGGGAGAUGUGAUUGUAAGUUUUGAUGAUCUACACGUGGGAUGUGAAGGAACUGUACCCUUCCGAUCCAGUGAACGCAUUGCAUUCCGUUAUCUCAUCAGUCAAAAAUUUGCAGGUGAUGUCGCAGAGCUUGGUAUCAUUAGAGCAGGAGAACUUAAGAAAGUUCAAGUAGUUCUAAGGCCAAGAGUGCACCUGGUCCCGUACCAUAUUGAUGGAGGUCAGCCAUCAUACAUUAUAAUUGCUGGUUUGGUGUUUACUCCGCUCUCAGAACCCCUGAUAGAGGAGGAGUGCGAGGACACCAUAGGCUUGAAAUUGUUAACAAAGGCACGCUACUCGGUGGCAAGGUUCAGAGGAGAACAAAUCGUGUUAGCAAAUGAAGUAAACAUCGGCUAUGAAGACAUGAACAACCAGCAGGUCUUGAAGUUCAAUGGAACUCCUAUCAGAAACAUCCAUCACUUGGCACACCUCAUCGACAUGUGCAAAGACAAGUAUCUAGUUUUUGAGUUUGAAGACAACUAUGUGGCUGUGUUGGAGAGAGAAGCUUCGAAUUCGGCUUCCUUGUGUAUCCUCAAAGAUUACGGAAUUCCCUCAGAAAGAUCCGCUGAUCUGCGUGAGCCAUAUGUAGAUCCAAUAGAUGACACCCGGGCACUUGACCAAGGUUUUGGAGACAGCCCUGUGUCAAAUCUAGAAAUCGGCUUCGAUGGACUGGUCUGGGCAUGA